AUGGAUUGCCUUGACGGUUAUCUCCUUGUUCCUCCCGACCGAAACCACAUUCUCGCGAAAGCGCAAUGGAAGUCCCGAUACGUCUUCGUUGGCAGACGGACUACCAUCAACAAGCAGAAAGACCGACAGAGCGGUAACGGCGUGUGGCCUUCCAGCUCUGGCCCCAAGCCCCUCGUCAAGACGUAUACCGAUGAAUACUGCAUCUCCGUCUUCAAGUCCAAAGAAGAUGCGGAACCCUCUUACCAGUGGCCUACGAGCUGCGUUCUCGACUGCCAAGUCCAAAUGGUCGCCUAUCGCAAACAAGGGCCUAUCCAACCCACGCUUGUUGUCACCAUAUCCGAUAAGGAGCGGAAACGCCGCUCUAGUCGAUCUGUGGGCUUGAUGGCAAGCAAGGAAGCUGGUACUAGUACUCUGUGGUUCCGGACACCACCGGAUGAUCAUCACAACAGCCUUCACGAGUGGGCUCAGUUUAUCCUGGAUAAGAAGAAUCCUCCAGCCUCAGAUGGAAGUAGCACGCCGGUGUUUUCGAGCCCCUUCAGCCCCAGGAGCCGUGAGACGGAAUACUUUCCCAGACCUGAUAGCGGAAAUCAAGGGAGUCGCCCGGAUGCGAGGCCUCUACAGCACAAGAGCUCCAGCGCUACGUAUUCGACGGGACCUCGCGAGCGGCCUGCCACAUUCAGCUCAGAUUCGCCGAGCCUGCGAUCCAAACGAAGCGAUCUUUCUUCGCCCUCUAGCGUCAGCCAGCACCCGAUCCAGAAGUCAUUUGCGGUUCCAGGCCAAAUCUACACUGGACCGAUGCAUAACGAUGCGGGGUUGCCUUCGAUCAGAGACUCGAUUUACCAGGGAGAGCUGAUCGAGGGAUGGACGCAGGCCCAGGGGCGCUCCUCGACUUUGAGUUCACCUACGCGUGGCCCUGAAACGCUGGGCUCACCAAUGGAGGCGUUCAUGGGGUUUGACGUCAGCGCACCGCCUGCCCCUGGAGAGACGAUCCUGGACAGGGCCUUUCAGAUGGGGCAUAUUCCAUGGGCUGACACAAGCGUCCCCGGUCAGGAGAACUUCAAUUCUAUUGCUCGAUUCGAUGCUCUCAUGCGUGAAGUAGACGAUAAGCGGAAACAGAGAGAGGCUGCCCAGCGCCUGGAACGAGCGGCCGUACGCAACACCUACAAUCCUCAAGCAGGGCAACAUCUCGACUAUAACGAAGAGUUCGACUCCGAUGACAACGCGCACUCGGCGGAUGAGCAAGAGGGCGACUAUGAUAGGAGCCCGAUUAUCUCCCCUUCGGCUCAGCGAGCAUUGGCCUUUAUCGCAGAUCGACGCGGCGAGUCGCCAAGAGAACGUGGAUCACGACGUCCCACCAUCUCCAGGGCUCACUUGAGCUUCCAUGUCGAUACGAUGGCCUCGGCAUCAACAUCGCAAUCCCCGCCCUCACGGCCUCACACAGCUCAUGCCAAAAGUCGCCUCAAUCCCACGCAGAGGACCCAGAGCACGCCGCACCUGAAUCCAAUCUCUGCAGGCAGGGUGACUGAUGAUAAUGCUUCACGGAGCGGAGACUCGGAUCACCGCCGAUCUGGCGCGAGCUCCAAAAGGUUGAGUUUCUCUGAGUUCACCAGAAGGCUCUCGAGCACCAGCAGCUUACUGGUAGUCCAGACCAACAGCAGCGGAGAUAGCCGCCGAGGAAGUGUUGGCGCAGAGCCGCUUCCCUCCAGCGUACGGCGGCCCAACAUGAGCCAUAGGGAUACCGUUCCCCCGCCCAGAAGCCAAGAAUGGCAGACCCAAGAUCGACGCUGCCCGUGGCGCAACAGCGUUGUCGGCGUUGGCCCCGAGGGCGGAUUUCUUUAA